CGCGAAGUCUUCGAUUCGGCGGUGGACUUGAUUCUCCGCGACGACUUGCCCAAGCUCGCCAGAUUGGGCAGCCGAGUCUUCAAGGAGCCUGAUGCCGCCCGCUGCUUGGAGCGGAUGCGGGAGCUCGUGAACCGCCGAGAGAGCGCUACCGCCCAACAGGCGAUGAGGUGCCUCGCACAGCUGGAGGCCUCCGAGGACUCAGAGGUGCAGGGCGAGAUGAUCUGCACCGAGAAGCGGCUGCAGGACUGGCUCGCCAAGCUCGAGGAAGCCGUGCCGGACCCGGCGGCCCCCGAGCCUCAGAAGCCGCCCGAGGUCACCUGCGUCAGCUUCAGCGGAGCCAUGAAAAGGCCAGCCGAGGAACCAGAGCCCAAGCGACGGGCUUUGAACGACUUCUUCGCGGCCCCUUCCAUGGAGCAGUCCGAGCCGUGCCAUGAGGACUUGCCUCCGUGCGCCGUCGCACCUCCCAGCAGCUCCGAGCCACCCGAGGACUUCAUGAGGAAUGCGCAGGACAAGCCCAUCUUCAAGAACUCGGGCCAUCUGGGGGAGAGCAAGCUGGUAGAGUGCCUCUACGAGGUGGAUGCCAGCAAGUACGAGGGGCGAGGCUGCAUUUGGAUGAUUUGGCGCCUUCCUGGCCCUCUGCGGGGGCUGCCAUCGAAGUGCCCCUACAUCUCACUUCGUCCCGAGCCGGCCGCAGACCUGUGGUUCAUCUUCCACAAGACGUACAUGACCCUGCUGCCCAAGCCGCCGGAGGGCACCCUCCUCUACAAGGUCGCGAAGGGCCAGGGCCCGACCCUGAUGGAGCGCGCGGCGAUGUGCAAGAUCCAGGCGGGCACCAUGAGGAUCAUGUCCUGGGAUGCCUACAACGAGCUUCGGGGCGAGAAGGCUCCCACUUUUUCGCCACGCCAGGUCCUGCACAACUACGAGGAUAUGACCGCCUCCGAGUUCCA